CCACUCUCCACUCUCCUCGCGGGUGCGGAAAAGAAAGGAAAGUCGAUUCUACACAUCGCGUUGUAGAACCUCCUUUCGGGUCCGAAUUGUGGGCUUCGGAUUCGAUUUCCUGUGGUCGAUUUACUGACUGCGCCUCGCCUGCAGCCCCAGCCCCAACCCGGCGGGUUUUCGGUUACCGGAAUUCUUUUGUAAUCAGGGACGUUUCAGUCCACGGAAAUCGUGAAUCGUGAGUGAUGGGUUGCGUGUGAAUUGGAGGAAUUCUGUCUUCCAUUGGCUGAUUGGCUGACUGGUUGCGGAUCAGGUAUUGGGUCGGGCGUGUUUGGAUUGAUUGAUGGUUGUUGCGGCGGAUCGGGGAGUUUGAGACUUAGAGCGGGCAGAGUGAAAGAGUGAUUCGUAUGCGGGAUGGUUGACGUUUUUGAGCUGGAUGGUCUUUGAUUACGAUCAACUACGAUUGGUUUUGGGGGAAAAUCUGUUAUAGACUACUACAUUAGGACCAAUCGGCUUCAUAUCAAUUUUGGGUGCCAAGUCGUUAAUGAUUCUCUAAUCUACCUUUAGUUGAGAGCCAUAUAGGGAUUGAGAGGGCGCAGAGGGUGUGAAGCACGUUGAGCACAUCAGUGUGCAAUAUCAUCAGCAUUUCGACAACAGAAAGGGUUUAUGGUAAAGGGUUUAUUCGCCCUGGCAGGAGAAUCACUUAACAGCUAUAUUGCUUGGAUGCGAUUUUGAGAGUGAUAAUGCAUCCUGAGAUUGCACUGCGUCGAUCAAGCUAAAGAGGAGCUGCUGGGAGGACAUUACUGUUGUUAAACCCUCGUGAGUUUUUUCGUAGGUGAGUAGCUUAGAUUUUAUAGAACAGUUCAUCAACGCUGGAGUCAUAGCUUACGGAAUUUGAACUCUUCUAAGAUAAUUUUAAUGUAGCUACACAAAGGAGAGCCAUGGCUGUAUGUGCGACCCUCACUGCAGGCGUUCCCCAUAUGGAUUACCGCUCUGUAAGUUGUGGCAGAGUUCACCCUGACUUUUCACGGGUUCUGGAUUCAUGUUACCUAUUACGCGUUACUGCUUUACGAACAAAUGCAUCCCGUUCUCCUCUUCGUCGAUCAGGUGGAACUAAUGCGAUUAUUCAGCACACUUUGACCAUUCCAGCACUCAGCUUGAAACUUCAAAGUCGAAAAAUUAGGAACCAAUUGCUUCGCAGCUCUGCAAGCUUAGGCGGUGGAAAUUUGGCCAAGUUAGUGUGGCUACAGAGCCAUCCCACUAGAUCACCGUCACGUAAGAAGCUUGUUGUUAAAGCCCAAGUAACGGAAUUAGCCUCAGGUUUAGACGUAAUCAACAACCUUGGGUUGGACACCCUUACAUUUCUUGGGGCCACUGUGUUGAUUGUUCCAGCGUUCAAAGCUAUUAAACAAAGUCCUAUCCUGGGGUUCCUAUUAGCGGGCGUUGUAUUGAACCAACUGGAAUUGAUUCGAAGCGUUACAGAUGUCAAGGCUUUGGCUGAGCUUGGGAUCCUGUUUCUUCUGUUUGAGAUGGGACUGGAACUUUCUUUAGCACGUCUUAAAGCUCUGGCGAAGUUUGCUUUCGGCAUAGGUCUUGCCCAGGUUGUGCUAUCCACAUUGGCAUUUACGGCUUUCGAACUCCCUCCGAAUAAGGCUAUCGGCACUCAAAUUCUGGAGUUUCUCUUUCACGCUAGGCCUGAUCUUGUGAAUAUUAGAACGGUGGAUGAAGCGGUGGUGAUUGGUGCUGCUCUUUCGCUGUCGUCGUCAGCUUUUGUGCUGCAGCUUUUAGCGGAGAAGGGGGAGCUGCCGACACGAUUUGGUUCUGCUACUCUGGGUAUUCUGCUCCUACAGGAUAUAGCUGUUGUACCGUUGUUGGUGAUCCUACCUAUCUUGGAGACCGGGAACAUUGCGGAUUCCAAUCUUUGGCCUGUUUUGGCAUCGGAGAGUUUGAAGGCUUUGCUUGGACUUGGCCUCAUAUCCCUUGGUGGUCGUAUUUUCCUUCGCCGACUUUUUGAAAUUGUGGCGAAUUCGAGGAGUGCAGAGGCGUUCGUAGCAAUGUGCUUGCUGACGGUUACGGGAACCUCUCUUCUUACACAAAAGCUUGGAUUUAGUGACACGCUUGGGGCUUUUCUAGCUGGGGCAUUACUUGCUGAGACUAACUACCGUACCCAAGUGGAAGCGGACAUAAGACCAUUCCGUGGGCUUCUGCUGGGGCUUUUCUUCGUCACCACCGGAACAUCAAUCGACAUUCAGUUAUUGGUACGAGAAUGGCCAAAUGUAUUGGCUCUUCUCGGAGGGCUUAUUGCUAUCAAGACUGCUAUCAUUACUGCAAUUGGGCCCCGAGUAGGGCUAACCUUGUCCGAGAGUGUCCGUACGGGAUUGCUACUUUCACAAGGCGGGGAGUUUGCGUUCGUCGUAUUUUCUCUCGCCAAUCGACUCGGGGUUUUGCCGUUGGAACUGAACAGGCUAUUGAUCAUUGUCGUGGUUCUAUCAAUGGCUUUGACACCGCUUCUUAAUGAAGUGGGUCGGAAGUUAGCAGAAUACAUUGAGAGAGAGUUUGAGGAUUCUUCUCCAACAGAGUCAGAAUUGCAGGGCGUGAAGAAUUUUCAGGCCAAAGAACCCGUGGUCAUAAUUGGAUUUGGUCAGAUGGGUCAGGUACUCGCCAACUUUCUCUCCACUCCUCUGGCGACUGGUCUCGGUGGAGAUGCUGCUGGUUGGCCGUAUGUUGCAUUUGACCUGGAUCCUGGUCGAGUCAAGGCAGCUUGUAAGCUGGGCUUCCCAGUUUUGUACGGAGAUGGCUCUCGGCCUGCAGUGCUACAAACAGCAGGCAUUGCACAGCCGAAGGCAGUCAUGGUCAUGUAUACAGGGCGACAAAAGUCAGUGCAAUCAGUGGAGCGUCUUCGUCAAGCUUUUCCCCAAGUGCCCAUCUAUGCAAGAGCACAGGAUUUACAGCAUCUGUUGGAAUUGAAACAUGCUGGAAUAACUGACUGUAUACUCGAAAAUGCUGAGACAAGCUUGCAACUGGGGUCAGUGCUGCUACGUGGGUUGGGAGUUAUGUCUGAUGAUGUAAGAUUCUUACGCCGCAUGAUGCGUGAAUCUAUGGAGCUUCGUGCGCAAGAGACAGUAGAGAAGAAGGAGCACAAAGAAACGGACUGGCUGGUUCCUUUCCAGACCAAGGUCCGGCAAACUUGGAAGAACAGAAACCUGAAGGAUGAUUCGGUGACGAAGGAUAAGGAACUCAUUAAUGAGCAAGCCUACUGGGUGAGAUCAGGCGGUGCUGCUCCUAGUACAGAUUCGUAUUUGUUAGACGACGAGGAGAGAAACUCAGAUGAGAAGUUGCCAUUGCUUUUCGCCAACAAGAAACCUGCCACCGAUGUCAAAGUUUCAGCGACAGGAGUCCUAAACGGUAGCGCUCUUUCUGGGGAGGACGGUCCAACGUCCUCAUCGGCUGUCGCUGUUGCAUCGCCUUCUGGAAUGAUUCUUGAGCAGGAGCCACAGCCCGGGGCUGCUGAUCAAGAGUUGGACUCGGAGACUGAAGGUCUCAUUGUCACUGUUAAACCCUCUGAUACUGAACCCACUCCGUCUGCGUCGCCCUCGGUCCAACCAGCAAGCAUGGGUAUGGCCAAGCUGAAGUGGCGAAUGAGAACAACACCAGAAUCAGAUACCAGCAACUUAAGCUCAGAAGAUCUAGAUGAGAGAGGAGUGACGUUGUGUGCGUUGGAGGAAGAUGAGCGGUAUGAAAGGGAUCUCGAGGAAGGCGAGGAGCUGGAGAAACUAGAUAUAACAAUUACUGCAUUGAAUAGGGAAGAGUCUAACUGAACUCUUGGAUUGAACUUCGACAUCUGCUGGAGAUUUUGUAUUAUACAUUGAUGUGGCAUCUGGGCCACCUAAUCCCCUGCCAGAAACUACAAAGCAGUUUUUAGUCAGAACAGUUAUUUUUAUCUCACGAGAAUGAUGUCGAAACCGCAGAUAUCAUAUACACCACGACAGCUGAAAUGAUUUUAUUUUCUUUUCUUUUUUUAAUACAGAAUCAGAUUGUCUUUUCCUCACACUGCAA